AUGACCUCUCAUUAUUGCUGGAUUGUCAUGCAGGUCGUCUGCUGUGUACAUGCACGCGCACAGCUCUCCGACCUCUCGCUAUUCCGCCUUGCAGGCGCCUCAUAUCCAACUGUGUCUGCAUGCUGCAUGACAGGCUCAAAUGCCGUCGUUCGCCCAGGCAAGACAAUAUCGUCUUCAUAUGGGUUCUGUCGCUUUCCGUACUCACUGCCUUCAACCUCACCAUCGUCCAUGACCACUGCGCUGUGGGAGGUCUUGUCUAUGGUUGAUGUUGGUGAGUCCCCUUCCAUUGAAUGGAUGGCUGCUUAUUCAUUCAGGCAGGACAAUAUCAUCUUCAUAUGGAUUGUGUGGCUUUCUGGACCCACCACCUUCAACCUCGCCAUUCAGCUGUUGGACAAUAUCGUCAUCAUAUGGAUUGUGCGGCUUUCUGGAUCCACCGCCUUCAACCUCACCAUUCAGCUGUUGGACAAUAUCGUCCUCAUAUGGAUUGUGCGGCUUUCUGGACCCACCGCCUUCAACCUCGCCAUUCAGCUGUUGGACAAUAUCGUCCUCAUAUGGAUUGUGCGGCUUUCUGGACCCACCGCCUUCAACCUCGCCAUUCAGCUGUUGGUGACUGUUGGUGAGUCCCCUUCCAUCAAGUGGAUGGCCGCUUAUUCGCCCGGGCAGGACAAUAUCGUCCUCAUAUGGAUUGUGCGGCUUUCUGGACCCACCGCCUUCAACCUCGCCAUUCAGCUGUUGGUAAUGUAA